AUGAAAGAAGAAAAGGAAGAAGAGAAGGCGAAGCUGGCACUUGUGUUAGCUGCAAAGUCAAGAUCAUUGUUGUACACGUCAUCACCUGCAAGUCCACGUGUGUUUGCUUCUCCGAUUCACACUCUUGCCUCUGUUCCGUUUUGCUGGGAAGAGCAACCAGGCAAGCCCAAGAACCCUCUUCGUCCUCUUUCUUACCCUAAAUGCCUUGAUUUGCCACCUCGUUUGCUCCUUCCUGGUGAAUUCACUCACAUGCCCUUGCCUGAGAGGAAACAUGGGCUCUUUGGGUUCCUGAGAAGGAAAGGGAGAGGGGAGGUUGUCGUCAGGGGUAGUUAUGUCUUUCUAUCGGAGAACGAGAGAGCAGGUGAGAUCAACAACAACCAUAACAUGAAGAUCAUGAAGUUUAACAGAUCAGGGAGUUUCGAUGGUGGUGGCGCUGUAAAAGGAUCUCACUUUUGGGAGAGUUUAUGUAAGGGAUUGAAGCAAGCAAUGCCAUGGAAGAACAAGAAGCUGAGUAUCGAAAAGGUUUAA